UUACCCGUCUCGUUGCGGCUCGCGGGCGCGGGGGUCGUCAAUGGCCCGACGUCUGCUCGAGUGCGCGCACAGUAACCCGGGGCGGCGACAGGCACAGGCACCAACCAGAGCCGACAGGGACAGGGAAGGAAGGGGAUUUGGGUAUUUGAGUGGCGAGGACAAGUCGAUUGUUCUUUUAAGCUUAAAAAUCUUCCCCGGACUUUGCCCACGACGGCGGCGAGCACCCCUCGCCUUUUCUAGUAUUUUGGUGUCUGACUAUGUCGCAUCGGUGCCUGCUUGGCAUCGGGCCCGUCCCCCAUCCACCCUCCACUCCCGCCUUGUCAGACGAUGAGAAAAUAAAAAAAGAAUCACAAAUCAUAUACCUGCAAAUCAGGGUGCUGACGCCGUGGGGAAUAGGUACCAUUCAGCCGCAACCCUAAAGACCAUGAAGGCCUACCGGAUCGGCCGGAAACCAGCUGGCCCGUGGGCCAAUAGGACGCCGCCAAUCAGGGGCGGCUUUCGCAAAUGUCUCGACAUCGCGCCGGAAGCUUCGGAAACCACAUGCAAUGUAGGCGGCCCUGGGUCGUCUGCGGAGAAGGGCGCCCUGCUUAUCCCUGGAUGCCCUGGCGCUACGCCAACUCACCCGGCCAGCCACGGCGCCGCAACCGCCUGCCAACGGGACGAUGCCGGCUCCUGCUCCCGGCGCGCCACCCCGCGCGGCAGUCCAUCCCGUCGUGACGAGGAAAAGGGAUAUGUCAGCGACCCGGAGAAGCGCCCGCUCGUGCCCCGGGGUCGGCCGGCCUUGACGCCCGGCCAGUACACCGACUGGGCGAUUCACCAGGGCCGGAAGAUGGACGCCCGCGACUACCCUUCGCUCGACGCCGACGUGCAGCAGGCCAUUGCCGAAAAGUACAGCGCGCUGCACGACCGCAUCUCCGACGAGGGCCUCUACGACUGCCCGUACCUCGAGUACGGCAAGGAGAUGGUUCGCUACCUGACCCUGUUUGGGCUCUUUGUCUAUGCCCUGUCCAAGGCCUGGUACUUGACGUCUGGCUUGUUCCUCGGUCUCUUUUGGCAUCAACUCAUGUUUACGGCUCACGAUGCCGGCCAUCGAGCCAUUACGCACAUCUUCACCGUGGACACGCUGAUUGGCAUGUUCAUUGCCGACUUUUGCUGCGGGCUGUCGAUUGGGUGGUGGAAGAGCAGCCACAACGUCCACCAUCUCAUCACCAACCACCCGGAGCACGAUCCCGACAUCCAAAACAUUCCCCUCUUUGCCACGUGCCCCAGCUUCUUCAAGUCCCUCCACUCCAGCUACUAUGACUUUACCUUUGCCUGGGACGCCGUGGCCGAGUUCCUGGUGCCGUACCAAAAGUACACGUAUUACCCGGUCAUGGGCAUCGCCCGCUUCAACCUGUACCUGCUCUCGUGGCUGCACGUUCUGUCGUCCAAGUCCUCGUCGCUGGGCAGCAGCAAGGCGUGGUGGAUCCGGCCCGCCGAAAUCACCUUCAUGGCGGGCUACUGGUUCGUCUUUGGCUACCUCCUCCUGUGGCGGACGCUGCCGGACUGGCCGACGCGCGUCGGCUUCGUGCUGGCGUCUCACAUUGUCACGAUGCCGCUGCACGUCCAGAUCACGCUGUCGCACUGGGGCAUGUCCACGUCGGACCUGGGCGAGGACGAGUCGUUUCCGCAGCGCCAGCUCCGGACGACCAUGGACGUGGCCUGCCCGGCAUGGCUCGACUUCAUCCACGGCGGCCUGCAGUUCCAGGCCGUCCACCACCUCUUCCCCCGGGUGCCCCGGCACAACCUGCGCAGGGUGCAGGGCAUGGUCAGGGAGUUUUGUCAGGAGACGGGCAUCCACUAUUCGAUCCUGGGCUUUGUAGACGGCAACCGCAAGGUGCUGGGCCGGCUGGACCAGGUCAGCGACCAGGUCAAGAUCCUCGUCAGCUGCCAGAAAUACAUGGCCGAGACGGGUGAGAGCGGUCUGCACUGAGUUGUUUUUUUCUUGUUUGGCGUGGGGGCGCAAUAGAUUUUGUUUGUUUGGCGAGCAGUAACUAAACGUUGUGUGCUUGACUGCUACUGCCUGCCGGGGUGACCCUUGACGGGCGUGAGUGAUCUGGCUUGCAGGCACAAGUGACACAGCGAUUCUCUGCGACCAAUGCCCAGGGUCCCGCAGCUCAGUCAGCCCUACGCACCAUGAAACAGGCCAUUCCGU